UUCAGGUGAGCUAGCAUGCAUUCGGUCCCAACGCCCCCCAUUCCAUCCACCCCAUGUACUCACGGUAGCUGCAUCGUCGUCUUUUUCCACUCUCGACACCUUUUUGCUUGACCCUCUCGGCCUGCCAUUCAUCGGCCGCCCUUUCUUUUCCUUGCCGUCCUCUUUUUGCCCAUUAAUUCUUCCCCCUCGUUUAUGCACCGCCGUCGCCUGUCGUAAUCACGCUCGCUGCUCGUGUCCUUGUCCGCAACUCCGCUUGUUCUGUUCUCCGUCUUGUUUGCCGCUACAUUCCAGCCCCAGGGUACAAACAGAUAGACAUCAAACUCGACGGCGACCAUCCUUUCGCCUGACCUUCACACUCGCUCAACGCUCCCCCGGGGAAGCGCCUCCCCCUUCUCAUUCCACAUGGCGAGCAAUACCUUCGGAGGAACCGUUCCUCAGUAUGCCCAAUCUUCACUGCCCGCUCUGCCUCAACACCUGCAGUCCGACACCCACUUGACCGCACACCUCGCCAGCCGCUUCCAUGCCCACUUGCCCACCUCCACGCUCUCUUCCCAUGCCAUCAUCUCCCUCAACACAUACACCGACUCCAGCCGGGGGACCGAUGGGGGCAAAGAUGGUAGCGCCCAUCAGGCUGCCGAGGACCUCGCCCAGCGUGCCUACACGCGUUUAGGUCUUCGAUCCGAGGAUCAGGCUAUUGUAUUUCUGGGUGAGCCUGGAUCAGGCAAGACCACCAUCCGCGGCCAUUCCCUUCGUGCCUUCCUCUCUUAUUCGGCUACGCCCUUAUCCAAGAAGAUCGAGCACGCCAACUUCAUCUUCGACGCUUUCACCACUACCAAAUCCACCACCACUCCUAUCGCCUCCAAAGCCGGCCUCUUGCUCGAACUCCAGUACAACACCUCCACAUCCAACCACGCCACCUUGUUGGGUGCCCAGUUCCUCGCACAUCGUCUUGAGCGGAGCCGCAUCGCCUGCGUCCCCACCGGCGAGCGCAACUACCACAUCUUGUACUACCUACUGUCCGGCACCAGCUUGGCCGAAAAGAAACAUCUCGGUCUGGAUGUGAUCGGGGGCGAUCAACCUGGUGCCCGUGCCUCACUCACGACCAGCAAACGAUGGCGUUAUCUGGGCCAUCCCACACAGCUCAAGGUGGGUAUUGACGACGCCAAGGGCUUCCAGGACUUCAAGACUGCCCUGCGCAAGCUCGAGUUCUCCAAGCAAGACAUUGCAGGCAUCUGCGAGGUCAUGGCUACCAUCCUGCACAUUGGCCAGCUCGAGUUCGAGAUGGGUCAGUCCACCACUCCCGCUGCUGACGAGAGCGGUGGCUACUCCCACGAAGGCGGCGAAGCCAUCACCGUGGUGAAGAACAAGGACAGCCUGGAACCCAUUGCCCGCUUCCUGGGUGUCACCACUUCGGAAUUGGAGCAGAGUCUUCGCUACAAGACCAAGACUCUGUAUCGCGAGCGAGUCACAGUCAUGUUAGAUCCCAAGGGUGCUCGUGCAAACGCCGAUGAGCUGGCGCGCACUCUCUACACUUUGUUGGUGGCGUACGUCAUGGAACAAAUCAACUUGAGGAUCUCUGUUCACGCUGAUCAAGUGGCCAACACUGUCUCCCUUGUUGAUUUCCCUGGCUUCUCACCAUCAUCCGGCACUGGCUCCGGCCUGGACCAACUGCUCAACAAUGCCGCCAAUGAAUCUCUGUUCAACUUUUGCCAACAGAGCUUCUUCGGCCGUCAGGUCCAGGAAAUGGAGGCCGAAGAUGUCAGCGUUCCCCAGCUGGAGUACUGGGAUAACUCCGAAGCCAAGACUGGUCUUCUCAAGACUGGGAAUGGCCUUUUGAGCAUUCUCGAUGACCAGACCCGCCGUGGUAAAAGCGACAUGCAAUUCUUGGAGGCCAUCCGCAAACGCUUUGAUGGAAAGAACAACGCCAUCUUGCCGGGAAGCUUGACCGUCGUUCAGCCGGGUAGCAAUUUCCCUACCCCCAACACCUCGACUGCUUUCACGGUCCGUCACUUUGCUGGCGAUGUCGACUAUGCUGCGGACAACCUCAUUGAGGAGAACGCCGAGCUCAUCUCUGGCGACAUGAUGAAUCUACUCAAGACGGCGCGCAGUUCUUUCGUGCAGGAACUCUUCGGCCAAGACGUUCUCAACAAAAUCACCCACCCCAAAGAGAAGUCGGCCAUUGUCCAAGCCACUGUCAGCUCCAAACCUAUGCGGAUGCCAAGCAUGGCAAAACGCAAAGGAGACAAGACAGGUCGAUUCGGGCGACCGGUCAAUGUAUUUGAUGAGGACGCAAUGAGCGAGGCUGACAGCACCGUCUCUGGAUCAAGAAAAGGUGACUCCAACAAACAGCAAGGUGCUGCCGGUCAAUUCCUGAGCUCCCUGAAGACAAUCGAUUCCUCUUUGCGCAAAGCAAACCCUUAUUUCAUCAUUUGUUUGAAGCCCAACGACCGCAGAAUCGCCAAUCAGUUCGAUAGCAAGUGUGUGAGGACCCAGGUACAGUCCCUGGGUAUUGCAGAGAUCAGCCAGCGCCUUCGUGUUGCCGAUUUCAGCAUCUUCCUUCCAUUCGCUGAAUUUCUGGGCAUGUCCCAAUCCGACACAGCCGUGGUUGGUAGCGAGAAAGAAAGGGCUGAAGCUAUUCUAGACGAUAAACCCUGGCGUGAGAAUGAAGUCCGGGUCGGAGCGACUGGCGUGUUUCUCAGUGAGCGUUGCUGGUUUGAAAUUGCAAACGUGGCAGACAUGUCUCCUCCUGCCCGGGGCCUCUCCGCAUCCGACGACAAUAUGCUCUCCCCGAAUCCACCACGUCCUUUCGGUGAUGCCAGCACCGGUCUCCUAGCGCCAUCUCCAGGAGGCUUCUACGACGACAAAAACGCCAGUUAUUUCGGCAGUAAAGAUAUAGAUGCGCGAUCUGAAGCUCCCUCAGCAAUCACCAAUGGCGACAUGUUCCAUGGACUGGAGCAUCCUAAGAUGAUCGACGAGAAGUCACCUGCGAACGGAAUGGAGGAAGUGGAGACUGUUCCCGUAUCGGGCAGUCGAAAGCGAUGGAUGUUUGUGGUGUAUGCCCUGACCUGGUUCAUUCCCGACGUCUUGAUCAAAUGGAUUGGGAGGAUCAAGAGGAAGGAUGUUCGUGUUGCUUGGCGAGAAAAGCUGGCCAUCAAUAUGCUCAUCUGGUUCAGCUGCGCGGUUGUUGUUUUCGUGAUGAUCGGGUUCCCGAGACUCAUUUGUCCCACACAACAUGUUUACUCUACCGCCGAACUCACUUCUUUCAACGGCAAGGAUGGCAAUGACGCUUACAUUGGCAUCCGUGGCAUCGUGUAUGACCUCGGUAAAAUCAUUCCUGUUCACUACCCGUCAACGAAGCUCAUCCCAGAGAAAAACUUCGAAAAAUACGCCGGUACCGAUGCCACCAACCUCUUCCCUGUCCAAGUCUCCGCUCUCUGCAAAGGUAUCAACGGCGACAUCAACAAUAAUGUACAGCUCGACUACAGGAACAACAACUACACGGACUCCAGCAACCUCAUCAGCACCACGGAUAAGAACGCGCAGUACCAUGACUUCCGCAUGUUCAGAAAUGAUUCCCGCAAGGAUUGGUGGUUCGAGCAACAGGUAUUUAUGAAGGCCAAUUAUAUGAAGGGUCGAGUUGGCUACAGCCCGCAAUACCUCAAAACCUUGGCUGGCAAGGGAGAUGCAAUUGCCUACAUGAACAACAAGGUAUAUGAUCUCACUGACUACAACCGUGGUGGUCGUAAGCCGGAACCGAAUGAAAACGGAGAGCCACUCGCCAGCAACAUCAAUAGUGACUUUAUGGAUAACUCCAUUACCGAGGUAUUUCGCGUUCAAGCAGGGAAUGACAUUUCAAAGUAUUGGGAUGCUUUGAACUUGAGCGCAGACCAAAAGAAGAGCCAGCUGGUUUGUCUGGAGAAUCUGUUUUACGUGGGCGAGUUGGACACCAGAAGCUCCGCCAGAUGUCAGUUCGCCACGUACUUCCUCUUGGUCAUCUCCAUCAUUUUGGUCAGUGUCAUCGGGUUCAAAUUCUUGGCUGCUCUUCAGUUCGGCAGAAAGAGCGUACCGGAGAACAUUGAUAAGUUCAUCAUUGCAACUGUUCCAGCGUAUACCGAAGACGAGGACUCGCUUCGCCGAGCCAUCGACUCUGCCGCUCGCAUGAAGUAUGAUGACAAGCGCAAAUUGCUCGUCAUUAUAUGUGAUGGUAUGAUUAUCGGUCAAGGCAACGACAAACCCACCCCUCGCAUCGUCUUGGAUAUUCUCGGCGUGCCAGAAACGACGGACCCAGAUCCGCUCAGCUUUGAAUCGUUGGGAGAGGGACAAAAGCAGCACAACAUGGGCAAAUGUUAUUCCGGAUUGUAUGAAGUGCAGGGUCACAUUGUGCCUUUCCUAGUUGUUGUCAAGGUCGGUAAACCAUCAGAAGUCUCCAAACCUGGCAACCGAGGAAAGCGAGAUUCUCAGGUCAUCCUCAUGAGAUUCCUCAACCGCGUUCAUUACAAUCUUCCCAUGAGUCCCCUUGAACUCGAAAUGCAUCACCAAAUUCGCAACAUCAUCGGCGUCAACCCGACCUUCUACGAAUUCUUGCUCCAGAUCGAUGCAGACACCGUUGUGGCUGAUGACUCGGCGACUCGUUUUGUUGCAGCAUUCCUUCACGACACUCGUCUGAUCGGCGUAUGUGGCGAGACGUCGCUCACCAACGCAAAGGCAUCCUUCGUCACGAUGAUGCAGGUUUACGAAUACUUCAUCUCGCACAACUUGACCAAGGCGUUUGAGAGUCUGUUUGGAUCCGUCACCUGUCUUCCAGGAUGCUUCACCAUGUAUCGCAUCCGAGCUGCCGAGACCGGAAAACCAUUGUUCGUGAGCAAGGAGGUUAUUGAAGCUUACCAAGAGAUCCGUGUCGAUACCCUUCACAUGAAGAAUCUCCUACAUCUUGGAGAGGAUCGAUACCUGACAACGCUGCUGCUCAAGCAUCACUCCAAAUACAAGACCAAGUAUCUGCACCGGGCCCAUGCGUGGACUAUUGCCCCCGAUAGCUGGACGGUCUUUAUGUCUCAACGCCGUCGCUGGAUCAACUCCACAGUGCACAAUUUGCUUGAGCUCAUUCCUUUGCAGCAGCUUUGUGGGUUCUGCUGCUUCAGUAUGCGCUUUGUUGUCUUCUUGGAUUUGCUUUCCACGGUUAUCAUGCCCGUGACGGUUGUCUAUAUUGGUUACCUGAUCUACCAAUUGAUCACAGCCCCAGGCAUUAUCCCUUACUCAGCCUUUAUUCUUUUGGGUGCCGUCUACGGUCUCCAGGCCAUCAUCUUCAUUCUCCGACGCAAAUGGGAGAUGAUUGGUUGGAUGAUCAUCUAUAUCAUUGCCACACCCGUGUUCUCCUUUGGUCUUCCACUGUAUUCUUUCUGGUACAUGGAUGAUUUCUCCUGGGGCAACACUCGUAUCGUUACGGGUGAGAAGGGUCAGAAACUUGUGAUAUCUGACGAAGGCAAAUUCGAUCCGGCCAGCAUCCCCAAGAAGAAAUGGGACGAAUACCAGGCCGAAAUGUGGGAGCAACAUACGGCUCGCGACGAUCGCUCAGAGAUUUCCGGCUUCUCCUACGGCACGAAGCGCUUCUUCAACAACGGCAGUGGAUCUGUUGUGGGUGGUUCUGAAUACGGCCAAAUGCCACCUUCUCGCCCCAUGUCCCAUCUCAAUCUGCCUCAAUUCGGCAACGGCUCGCGGAUGAGCCUGGCGCCCAGUGGGUACGGUGGAUACGACAAUAUGGAGAUGGCAGCUCUCAAUCUGCCCACGGAUGACGCGAUCCUCGCCGAAAUCCGUGACAUCUUGGCCACGUCGGACCUCAUGAACAUCACCAAGAAAGCGGUCAAGGUGGAAUUGGAGAGAAGAUUUGGCGUUGAUCUUACGCUCAAGAAGCACUUCAUUGGCAGCGCUGUCGAGUCGCUGCUUGUAGGCCAGAACCAAUAA